GGAAGAAGAUAUCAUUGUUGCAGUUUGAAAUCUCAAAGAAUGGCUGCUCGCGAGUCUGGUAGAAUCAAGGAUGCAUAUCAAAAGAGGGUGCUUGAUGAUGCCGCACGUAAACGCCGACAGAAGAAAGCCUUGGAGGCACUGGAACAAGAUAACUUUCAUGAUGAUCCACAUGCUGACUUGGUGAUGAGUAAGAAAGUACCGAAAUUUCAAGAGACUUUGGACAGCAGGGACGCCAGUAGGAAGAAGAAGACUCGAUCUGCAGAGUACUAUAAACAACGUUUUCGCAAAACUUUUGCCCAAUUAGUGGAAGAGGAUCUCAAUGUGAAUCCAAAUCCUCCGAAUUAUGCCUGUGCUCAAGCAUCACCGUCUCGUUUCCCCGAUAGACACUUUUGCGCUGUCUGUGGUUUUCCUAGCAAUUACACUUGCAUACCUUGUGGUGCCAGAUAUUGCUGUGUCAAGUGUCUAGGUACUCACCUCGAUACGAGAUGCUUAAAAUGGACAGCCUGAGGUUAUUUUGUCUUUUAUAUUUAUACUGUAUAAAACAAUUGUCAAUAUACUAUAUAUAAUUCAGA